CACUCCAUGGAAACGCGCUCGUUGAUUGUCAUCAAGGCGAUACGGCCACGGUGAAGUGGCUGCUAUUUUUCUGUAAAAUUUGUAAUAUCUUGAAACGAAAAUGACAUCGAGAGAAGAUACCAAAUCGUACCUGUCCAGGAAUGAGAUACCUCAACUUUUUGAGAGUCUGAUGACAGGGCUGAUGUACCACAAACCCGAGAACCAUGUUGAGUACAUGUUGAACUGUCUUAAGAAGGUACAAGGCGAGCCAGAUAAGACCAACUCGGUCAAAUGGAACACGUUCGUUGAAAAUGUCAAGCGGACCAGUCCUCUACCUCCUAUCCAGCCUGACAAUGGGGAAAGGCAGCCCACCUUCACCACAGAACCAAGUCUUGCUGAUAUGAAGCGAUUAAGUCCACUGCCUCCAAUUUCUCCCAAACCAAAUCUAUCCCAUGUACGCAUUAUUCUUGUCAUUGGUGGCCCUGGGAGUGGGAAGGGCACUCAAUGCGCCAAGAUCACUGAGCGUUACCAAGGUUACAUCCAUCUAUCGCUAGGGACGGCGCUGAGGAGGAAGGUUGCCAAGUUUAUGGAAGACGAUUCGUGGAAAAGUGUAGCUGAUCUCCUCAAGACGGGAGGCCUUGUCAAAGAUGACAAUACUUUUGAGAUCCUACAACACAAGAUUGAGAAGAAAUUGAAGAAAUACCCAACAACGCUUGGUUUCAUCAUAGAGGGAUUUCCAAGGACCAUGUCACAAGCUAAACUAUUCCAGGAGAAGUAUGGAUCCCCUGACCUUGUCAUCUCAUUGGACUGUGAUGAAGUGCGUCUUAAGUACCGUCUUGAGAAGAGAAAAGAGACCAGCGACAGGGUUGACGAUAAAGAAGACGGUGCGGUUGCCAAGCGACUGGAAGCUUUUAGAGAGCAGACGUUGCCUGUUGUCACUCAUUACAAAGCCAAGGAAGGCCUUCUCAGAAGAAUAAAUGCAGAUCGAGAUGAAGAUGAAGUUUUCUUUGAUAUCGCCAAUAUGAUUGACAGUCUCUUCUUCUCGCCUAAGACUCCAGCACCACCAGGUACAGCAGGUAAAGGUGGGAAAUCAAGUCCCCUCCCUCCAAUCAAAACACAGAAAGAAGAUCAAACAAAUCAAGAACAAUCACAAGCAGAGGCUGAAAAGGAAGCAUUGGCUGAAGAAGCACUUGAAUUACUCAACAGUGAAGUCGCUGUGGAUUUGGUUGUUGAGCCAUCCGUUGAGAAAGUUGAUUCAAAUGCACCUGCAGGUGGCGAAGUGGUAGAAGAAUCAAUAGUUGCAGAACAAACCCCAGUGACUGGAGGUGAUGAUAGUACACUGCCUUCUUCACAAGAGACAAGUCAAGAAAGCAAGCUAAGAGACACCAAGAUCAUUUUUGUUGUAGGUGGACCAGGCUCGGGCAAGGGCACACAGUGUGCAAAUAUCGUUUCCAACUAUGGCUUCACUCACCUUUCCAGCGGUGACCUCCUGAGGGCAGAGGUUGCAUCAGGUUCAGAUCGGGGGAAAGAGCUUACUGAGAUCAUGGAGAAAGGAGAGCUUGUUCCAUUGGAUGUUGUACUAGCAUUGCUGAAAGAGAAGAUGAUGGCUUGUGCCGAGACAUCGACUGGUUUUCUGAUUGAUGGAUAUCCAAGAGAGGUUGAACAAGGAGCAGAGUUUGAAAAACAGAUUUCCGAGUGCACAUUCACACUUUACCUUGAGGUAUCCGAUGAGACGAUGACAGAGAGGUUACUGAAUCGAGCAAAGACCAGUGGACGGGUUGAUGACAACGAAGAAACCAUUAAGAAGAGACUCGCUACAUUCCAUGAAUUGACCAAACCAGUCAUUGAUUGCUAUGCAGAAAAAGGCAAACUAAAGAAGGUCUCUGCUGAAGCUGGUCCAGAGGAAGUCUUCUGCCUGGUGAAGGAGGUCUUUGACGGGUGCGGUUUCAAGGUGCAAGAUGCACCCCAGACUUCUGAAGAGUCGGUACCUGCAGAGGUUGCCGCCGAGGCAACAGAAGCAACGGCUGAAGCACCUGCACCAUCUGAUCCACCAGCAGAGGAGCAGGCAGUGGAAACAACAGCUGAAGCUCCUGCCGAAGCACCUGCAGAUGCUCCAGCUGAGGCACCCGCAGAGGCAACAGCAACCGAACAAGCACCUGCGGAGGCAUCAAUGGAAGAGGCUGCACCUACUGAUGGUGCAGCAGAGGCUGAGAAGGAGGAGGAAAAGGCUCCUGCUCCUAAGGACUUCUUCUUUGUAUCUGGUGCCCCCGGUACAGGAAAGAAAGUAGUAGCCAAGGCCCUGGCUGAAAAGCUAAAUUUCAAGCAUAUCUCGACAGCCGGUAUCCUCUCUGAAAGAUCCAACCUUGAUCCAGGAGUGACCGAAGCCAUUCUUGCUGCUCUAGCUCAAGGCUCACUGGUUGCUACUACCAUUCUCAUUGAUGUCCUUAAGAUGACGGUGGCAGCUAACAGUGAUGCUGCAGGGUUUGUCCUUGAUGGCUUCCCGAAGACCAUGGAGCAGGUCGUCGCCUUUGAUGAAUCGGAGAUUGGGCGGGUGACUGGCUUCAUCCAGCUGGAUGGAACGCGGCAGGAGGCCGAGGAGAGUCUGAAGGAGAAGAAGGAGGCCGGAGAGAGGGGGGAAGAGACGGAGGAGGUUGCCAAGAACAAGAUGGACACCUUUGAGAAGGAAGCCCCUGCCGUCGUGGAACACUUUGAGAAGAGCAACAAGCUUAAGAAGGUUUCGUUUAAAGAGGCUGCCAAAGACAUGUCAACCCUCCUUGACUCUGUGUCUGCCUUCAGUGGGGUUUGAGCCUUGAUCAUCCCUCUAUCACCCUCCAUUUAUUUCAUUUUUCAUCAGAUCAGCAAGUUUCUUAAUUUGUAAAAAUGAAUAGUAUAUAAAUGCAAGUGAAAAUUUUAUUUCUAAACUAAAAUAAAUUGACAUGAAUUGUCACAGUUACAAAUUGACCAUUUGCCUUUUGAAAUUGUUUGUCUAUAUCGCAUUUCACCACUCUGCCAUUGUCAUUUUAAAGGUCAGAGGUCAUCUAUCAGGGAUAUUUGUUAUGAGAGAGGCUGCUUUUACUGUUUUUCUUGUUAGCACUGGGUGUAUGUUUUCUUUUCUUUAAAUACGUCAAAAACUAUAUUCCUUGUUUCCUUGAUUGGAAUUCUAACUCAUGUUUUUUUUGGUCAACAAUCUGGUAGAAUAUCAAAGCUCUAAAUCUGCACCAAGCAAUAGAGAAAUCCAUUUCCUCUGACAUGUUCAAGAUGGUAACCAGUUUGUUUUCCCGCUGAUUAAAAUAUUUUGUUAUCGGCAUAAAAUCAACUACCUAAAGUUCCAAGAUUGUCAAGCACUAAAAUGAUUGAAAAAUAUAUUUUUAUCAGUAUCUUUAUUCAUUUGACUGAAUGACACAAAUAUAGAUUACUUUUACAUGUCAUGGACAAAAAAUGAAUAAAGAUAAUGUAAUGCAGAUCAGGUGUUAUGUGAUAAACACCUUUCGCUUUAGUAGCAUAUACCCCCCAUAUAGCACUCCAUACAAAUAUCAAACAUAGAUGCUCGUCAGUUAGAUGUCAAUAAUAAUAAAAACAGUGAAUUCUAUGUGUUUUUUUAAUUCUGAUAUUUCCAGGAGUAUUGAUGCAAGAAUUUAAUUCAAUGAAGAGAUGACAUUAGUAAUAUACUUGUAAACUGUACAGUUGAAAACAAUGAAAAGACAAAUUAAUUAUUUAUGGUAGACUUUUGAUGUAUAUGAGUUACUCUGAGUAUGUUUAUUAUUGUGACUUGAACAAUCUUUUUGUGAAGGUGUACAAAUCGUAUUUGUAUGAAAUUUUUCAGAAUUGUUGAACUAAAGAUUGUAUGCUAUUCAUGUAAAUUUUUUUCUAACUUUGAGUAACAAAAUGAGCAUGUAAAUAUUCAAUGCAAGUAUUGCAUAUGGUAUAUAUAUAUAUAUUUUUUCAUGAGUUGCCUCUUAAAGAGGGAAUAUGUAAUAUGAUAAUUAAAUUUGCAGAUGGAAUUAGGUAAUAUUGCACCUUGAUUUUCACCUUAACCUGAUUGUUUUCAGGGUUUCCCCUUUCAAAGCUUUGAGUUUUGGAGAGAUUUAUUUUUAUGUCAUUUCUUGACGACCUCCAUAGGCUAAUGUCAAAUAAAUAUCAAUGCAAGGGGUUACGAAACAUGGAGUACUUCAACCAUCUGGGGUAGCAAAGGAAAUUGUGAUCACUUUUGAAAAUUAAUGUCAGUUUUAUGACGAAAUUCACAUUUUACACUUGAAAUAAUUCUAUACUUGUAUUCAUUCCUGGCUGGGCUUACAGACCUUUGCAAAAGUGCAUCUAAUGUAUUGUUAUUUAACUCUUGAAAUCAUUUUAUAAUCAUUCACGGGCUUUAAUACAGACCCUUUUAAAAAGUGCAUCAAAUAUUUUGUACUAUUGUUAUUUGUAAAAAAUACUCUGCUAUUUGAGUUAAGAUGUUGUGUGUUGAUGUGAAUAUCCUUUUGUCAUUUGUGAAUGAAGAAAAUGUAAUCAUAGAUCUAUGUAAAUUGUUGGUCAAAACCGUCCUCUGUGUGAAUACAAGUGUAUUGCUUGUAAGUGUUGCAGAAAUGAUAGCUAUGCGAGACCAUGUGGUGUCAUUUAUUUUAUAAAGUAUUUUUUUGUCACAAGAUUAUUUCUGCUAUAGAAAAGUGUUUCUUUUGGUUUGUUAGGUCGAGUGAAUAUCCACAUUCUUUUGAUUGUGUGUCUAAUAGUACAAUUUUCCAUCCAAAUGCAUUGCUGCCUACAAAAAUUGUUACCGUAAUUUCUAAUGAACUGAAAGAUUUGUGUGUGACCAUUCAUCAUGUUCGUGUGUGCAUUUUGUAAAUCUGUAUAUUACCCAGAAAAAAAAAUCAAAUUUUUACCACCGGUACAAUAAUGUUGGAAUAAAAAAAGGAAAUAGUUGGGAUUGAUGUGUGGGUUAAGAUGCUUUGUGAUGUACCCGACUUCAUUUUUUUUCUUUAAUCAAAUAAUGUCUCAUCUGCCCCCAAACUUGUGUUUUCUCUAUAUGUGUACAUAUAUGUAAUUGCAAUUAAUUAUAAAAGAUUAAUAUGAAUGUGGAUUUGAACCGCAAAAGCAGUACUGUAACACAUUCUAGGAAUUUUAUGCAACAAAACAAUCAAAUAAUACCAUGUUGAUAUAGUGAUAAACAGCAAUUGUGUCAUUUAAUCUGAAGCAGCUGUACCACUAUAUUCAUUAGCCUGGGCC